AACAGCUACAUUGAACAACGACUGUCCUGUGUUAAGUGGUCUUUGUGUAGAUGUGUGCCUGGCUAGGCCUUGGUUAGACUGUCCCUUGUGUCAGUGAAGAGUUAGCAGAUCUAGCAUCUGCCGUAAGAGACACAGUUUUUAUAACAAUGUAUUCAGACAGUUCAUAUUAUUUCGUGUUUAGUGAAGUUAAAAGUUGACAUUCCGUUUUGAAGAACCUCCCCCCACCCCGGUGCCCUUGCCAUCACGUGGCAGUGGGGCUUUCCCAUGCCCGACAGGUCUUCUUGAGGUGGGGAACGGAUUAGAUGGGAUACCCUAGACAUCCAGACUGGGAAGAAUGCACUGUUCCCGGAUCGAGGAUGGUGUGGAGGUGUUUGUCCAGCUGGGUACCCUGAUAGUGGAGGGGCGGCUGCCGGCUGAAGGUACAGACCGAGGGUACAAGGAGGGUCCCCAUUGCCCACUGGCCACCACACACCCCAAUGGCCACCAGUGUGACCCAGCAGACUUCCUGUGCAUGCGUGCGGAGCGGCUGCGCAAGCACAUGUCGCUGUUAUGUAACAAUGCAGUGCCCAUGUGUGUGGAAGUGCUCCUCUGUCCCAUGUGUCACUGUGGAUCUGAACGUGCCCAGAGCCCUGAGAUUGCCAACAUCCCUUCAUCUUCUGAUCUCCUCCUGGAACAAUGGACCGUUUCUGUCGUACAUAUGAGUGGAGAGCCUUGCAACAUGAGUGUGCGUGGGCUGUUCCAAGCAGUGCGAUCGCAGCUGCACUUCUCGCAGCUGUCUGCGUGGCUGAGCAGCAGUAAGGGCACUCAGCCUAUCAAUGUGUGCUAUCGUGUGACUCUACCUGAGCAGGCUUUUGCAUCACGGUUUUCAAGGCCUCCACAGCACCACAGCUUUCCCCCUGCAGCAGUGGGACCCAACACACAGCUAAAGGUGUCUGUGAGAACACUGCCACGAGGUGAGAGUUUGCCAAUAGUGAAGUGUGCGGCAUGCACGCCUGAGACCAACGUCCGCAAGAGAUCUUGUGGUCUAGAACAACCAUUGCUGGGUGAGAGCCUCCUGGACCCUCCUGGUCCUUCUUCCUCCUCGCGGGUCCAUGCGGGUCUAUGCAAAUGGCAUACAAGCAGUCCUCCUUCACCACCUCGCAGACGUCCCUCGCGUCAAGUGAUGGCACGCCGCUGUGACAAACACACCAUCACUUCCCUCCACAUCCUCCCAGGACCUGUAGAUGACCGAAUGCAGACAGACUGCAAUCGACAUGGUAAACAUGAUUGUCGUUGUGAGGAGGAUGUGUACGAGAUGCCAAGUCAAAGCCACCGCCAGAAAUUAAGUGAUGUUACCACCAACAAGAUCAACUUAGAUUUGAGUAAGAAGGAGAUGGAGGAAGUCCUCACAGUGCUACGGGUGCGAGUGGGAGAGUCUGACGCCACUGAGAAUUUAUCUUCCCAGACAGACAAGGACAAAGUGACUGGCAAAGGGGACUUGUUACUGUCCGCAAUAUUGCGUUCCAGUCACUCAUCCUCCUUCAAACGUAAGAUGGAGCAGGACCAAAAUAUGAAUUGUUACAAAUUCUCACCAUCAAUUACAAACUCAGAUUCAAAACCCAGUAAUGAUACAAGUGGUUAUUCAAAAAAACCUCUUCCUUUUUUUGAUUUAUCACAAUCAGUAAAAAAUAAAGAAAAAAAAGGUGUGUCAUCUUCCCCCAUUAUCAAAUUACAAACUUCAGAGAAACUGGAUAAUAAAUUGAAAUCAUUGUGUUUGUGUAAGCCUCCUGAGUCCAAUGUAACCAGUAUUAAAAGCAAUAAUAAUCUCUGCAACUUAGAAGAGAAAAACGUUGCUGCUUUGGAGAAAAGUGAAGGUCCGAUUUGUGCUGUGGUGGAUUGUUUUCGGACUAAGCAGUGUUUGCAGAAAGCUACUUCAAUUAAGUGCCAACAGGAUGUGAACCAAUAUUUUGUAGAAGAAUUUAGCAACCUUGAUCUCAAUAAAAGAGUGGAGACAUCCACUGGUAGGGAAGUACCCUCUGCUCUUGACAAAGCCAAGUUCCGUCGUUCUUUGGACUCGGCUGCUUCCAUGGUCUUCCACUGGCGUACCGGCCUACCACUCACCUCCAGUCCUGCUCCACUACGCAGGGCAUCCCAGCGCUUUGACUUCGACAGCACCAUCAAUUCUGUAUCCGCCAUUCGGAGUGCCCUGUUUGACUCUGAGAGUGGGGAGGAUACUGAGAGUGAAGGCAGUGGCAAGUCUCCGUGCUCCCCUCAGAUAGACAUACCUACCAAAACAGAACCUUGGGCAGUCCACUACCAAUCUCCUAGCUCUGCCUUACUCGGAAGUUUUGAAGAAUCUGUGCUGAAUGGGAGACUGGAACCAGUCAGCACUGUCCACGGGUUUACAGCAGAUCUUGGAGCCAGUGGUUCCUUCUGUCCUGCACACCUCGCCCUUCCUGUCACUGUGUUCUUCUACACUCUGGGUGAUAAUGACAAAGUUUCUACUCCAUAUCUUGCACAUAUCAAUCUUGGCAAGAAAGGAUAUGUCGUACCACGCUGUGGAACUAUACAAGUGACUCUGUUGAAUCCGUUGGGCACUGUGAUCAAGAUGUUUGUGGUAGUGUAUGACCUGACGGACAUUCCCAACAACUGCCAUACGUUCCUGCGCCAGCGCACUCUGUACAUGCCUGCAGGCAUUACAGAGCCUAGAGACAACUCUCAGAAAUACCUUCGCUACCUCAUUCACCUGCGUUUUGCGAGUUCGAAAUCUGGUCGACUGCUGCUGCACACUGACAUACGAAUGAUCAUCUUCCGCAAGUCAGACAUGGACACAGCCACAGGUCACGGCAUGGAUGUUGCAUACGAAAUGCGCUCCUUCACCUAUGGCCCCACCAAUCCCAAGUUCUCUCCCAGAAAGUGAACCGUUUACCAUUGUGAUAAUGUUUGUUUUUGUACAAAUCCGGUUCAGAAAAAGGACCAGCGAAUGUUUACGUUUGUUAUGUUUGUUAGUUUAUUUCAUUGCUGUGACGAUGGGCCGUGAAGGGCCUUUGUUGUUGUGAACCACAAACAUUGUCUAUCCAAUUGGUUAGUUAUGUUAGUGAUUUUCUUCUUUAGAUUAAGUUUGAAAUGGUUAUCUGUGGUCAUCCUGGGGUUUGACAAAAUGGUCUUUGGGUAGACAGUUGUGUAUUCUAUGAAGGAGAGCCGACUCGUUUACAUCUCUGAUGUUCGGUUUCAGAUUAUUUAAAAACACUCUUAUGUCUUUCAAUUUUAGGAUUAGAUUAAUAGAUACAUGAUUUAUUACAGAGUAAUUUUAGAUAUAGACCAACAAAUACAAUAUAGCUAUUUCAUAUAUUAAUUGUAUGUUAAGAUAAAUUAUGAUAAUGUAUAGUGAUAUGACUUGGAACACAGCUAUUGUGUCCAGCCAGUCUCAUGCUUCGUGUCCUGAGUACAACAACAUUGUAACAGAGUGAAUUUUCCCUAUUUAGUUAUACUGCACUUGCUCUUACAUUAUGUUACUUUUGAUUUCUUUGCUGUGUUAUGGUGGGCUAAUUUUUGUUCUGCUGUGUACGUUCUUUUCUUUUGUGAGUUGGUUAGUUUUGCAAAGUGUUUUUAUGUUAGAUUUUGUUUUCUCAAGCAGUGAGUAAAAUAAUCCUUUAAGAUUUAAUUCUUUUUUAAACACAAUAAAUAAAUUAACUAGAUUUUGGAAUCUGGUCAUAAUAACGUAAAUCUAAAUACAGAUUUAAAGCUUUAUAUAAAACCAUAUUCAAAUAUAUUUAUCAAUUAACUAGUUAUUUUGAAGCCAUUGCUUCAGUUAUGUGUCUUUUAUCAAGAGGUGUGAUAAACAAAUUUGUUUGAAGAACUAAAAGAAAAGACACUUAUUUUCUUUGUUACAGAAUGGUGGGAUUCCUGAAAUAUUUUUAGUUGGUUUUCAUGCAAAAAAAAUUGAAAUUCCAGAUUAAAGGUUAAUUUCCUACUGGAAAUUACACUUACUGUACGGACUAGCUAUAGUACGCAAUGUUAAUGCCUCUUUAAUUUAUUCGAAAUACUCUAUGAAUUGAUUAAAGUAAAUCGUUAAAAAAUUAAAUCUGUAUAUUAUUGGAUCCUUCUUAGUUAAAACUAUGCAUACAAAGGUUCCCAGGGAGAAGUUAGAUUUUCGAUUACCUUUAAUUAAAAACAGUUUUAUUCACAAACAUUAAUUGAAUAAACACUGAUAAUUCUUUGCUCAAACAGUAAUAAAAGCCAUAAAGAUAUUUUACAAAAGCUCUCAAAUUUUCUUAUUUAUUUUACUACAUAGUAUGUUCUUAACCGAUUAAUGUUUGCUUUACUCAAAUAAGGCCAACCACCUCUAUGAUUGGUGUGGCAAACAGACUUCUUGAAUUAAAAAAUAUAGUUUCAGAUUGGUAAAGACUUGACACCUUCAAAUAUCACUAUAACAUCACAUGAAAUAUACUUUGUAACUUAGCCUUUCCUUUUAUCAGUUUAUUUUUAUUAGUAGUCUAAAAUAUACUUAUUUAUAAAGUUUGAGUAUGACAUCACUACAGUAUUUUCAAAUUUAUCUUUUGACCAAUGUAAAUAAUUAAUAUAAAUAUGCAGUAAGAUCUUUUGUAGUGCUAGUAAACAUGCAGAGCAUAUUUUUAUGUUGAAAGAUGUAGACCCUUAUGAAAGACACUAUUCAUUGUGUACUGUACAUUUGUUGAAUACAGGAUUAUUUGACUUUGUACACAUUAAAUUAUGUGUAUUGUGUGUUGAAACUCAAGAUUUGACGGGAUACACACAAUAUUGUUUCUUAUACAUUUUAUAACUGUCUUAUGAUAUAAUUAUUUUGAUAGUUCAGACUAUGGUACUUUAUUUUAAUUUAUUGUCAGUGAUGACACUAAAUAUACACUAAAUAUUUUAUUAUAUAAUUAAAACACUGUCCUAAAUUUGACUUUAAAAGCAGGGUGGACAGACAGUAUCAAUAUUAUAUUAACAUGUGUUAAAUGGUUUUAAAUUUGACUGUGUUUUCAAAGGCUAUUGCUAUGUUACAAAGGUACUCUAUUUUUAUAUACCUUUUGUGUUUGUAUAAUUUACUAAAAUUGUGAGCUUAUUUUUUAUAAUCUUGAAUAAUAUUACUUAAACUUGU